AUGCACCUCCUUGGUAGCAUCCAGAGCCCCAUCACCAGGUCCACCCUGGAUGAGUCCAAGCUCCCCCGUGCCCCUCAGGCUGGGUUGGAAGUGACCGAAGAGAUGACCGAGACUUCCAAGAAAAUCUUGUCCAUCAUCUUUGAGUACGCCCUCAACAAGUUUGAUGACACGAUGGACCGACUCACCGCCGGUGUUCCCAAGUUUGUCAGAGUCAUUGAGCAGUUUGUUGCGGCUGGCAAGCAAGUAGACAUGUGUCUCCCAGCGUUUCCCUUCAAGUCGGCAAACAAGGUCUACAAGGUCCUCGGUAAUCUUCCCGAUAAAGCCGAAGAGCUGGCUCUUGAUCGCUUGAACACUAUGUGCAUCCGCAUUGGUGAAAUCUACGCCCCAGGAGCUAAGCUGACUAUCAUCUCUGACGGCCUCGUCUACAAUGAUUUGCUAAGCAUUCCGGAUCGCGAUACGUGGGCUUACGGCGAAGCUCUGCGGGCCAUGGCGGCCGAAAAGGGGUUCACCUACAUCGGCUUCUCCAGGCUUCGGGACCUGAUGAACUUCCCAAUGCCCGACAGGCUCGAGGAGAUCCGCUACGUUGCCAACGCCACCAACUUCCGCCGCUAUCUCCUGAACAAGUACGGCAAGGACGACCUCGACAUCGACCAAGAAAUCGCAAAGAACCCCGACACGCUGAUGACCUAUCGCGGGUAUUGCCGAUUCUUGGAAUCUGACCUGCAGCAUGUGUUCCCCACCGGCAAGGGCCGAACCAGUAACGGCUACAAGCGGGACGUGAAGUUCCUGGCCAAGCAAAUGCUGAUCCGAGGAUAUGCUUUCGCUGGCGCGGUCAAGGAUGCUUUCCCCAAUUACCUGCGUCUCUCCAUCCACCAGUCCACCGGUGAGCACAAGGUCUCCAUGAGCUUGCUCAACACCAAGACGGGGUUCACGACCCCGUGGCAUUGCAGUGUUGCAUUGAUGGCGGAUGGCGAGUGGACGAGUGCUCCAAUGGGCGACUUCAAGAAGGACGAGAACAUGGAGAUUGUUUAUGAGGAUGGCCGUCCAAGUUACUUCAAGGAGAAGGCGCAAGUAGUUUGA